AUGGAUAAGCCCAAGGAAACAGACACUGAACGCAUCGAAAAGGCGAUCACACUCGAUGAGACGAUCGAUCAAGCCCUGGAUAAGCGUCUGAAUCGCAAAUUCGACCUCCGUAUUCUGCCUUGGUUGUUCGGGAUAUGGUAUUUUGCUACUCCACACUGUUCACGGCCUAUACUGAGUGAGAAUUCUAGGCUCUUCUCGUUCAUAGACCGCAGCAACAUUGGCAACGCAAGGAUAGCCGGCCUGUCCGAUGAACUUUCCAUCACAACCGGUACACGUUUUAACAUCGCCCUCCUCGUCUUCUACAUCCCGUACAUCCUGGUCGACGUACCGUCUAACCUACUCGUUAAGCGUUUGCGCGCCGGGAUAUACCUACCAGCUCUGAUCACGGCAUGGGGUCUAGGCUGGUGGCAUGUAGACUGUUGCUGGGAUUAUGUGAAGGAGGCAUUCUCGGUGGCGUGA